AUGGUCGCGGCAGGAUCCAUCACCGUCGCUGUACGGGUACGACCGCCCUCAGCCAGCGAAGCAGCGCGUCUCCCAGACCCAGCCACAUAUGACACAACUCUCCGCGGCGACGCAACCCUCUCAACACCCGGCAGAGUAGUCAACACCGCAACACUCCGCGAUAUUGUCCAGAUCGUUGACGACCGCAUCUUAACGUUUGAUCCAGAGGAUGAGAACAGGUCCAGAGCCUUUAUGGAGAGGGGUUUCCUUCCGCCGGGGACGAAGAGGUACAAAGACAGGCGGUUCAUGUUCGAUCGCGUGUUUGGACAUGAAGCCAGGCAGCAGGAUGUCUAUGAAGCCACCGCGCGGCCGUUGUUGGACGGCUUGUUGGAUGGGUAUAAUGCAACUGUUUUUGCAUACGGACGAAUAGAAGAUCGCAAAGAGGAAUACCACAUUGAAGUCCUCGUUACCUUUCUCGAAAUCUACAAUGAAGAGAUCCGAGACUUGCUUGCCGAACCAGGCUCACACAUGCCUCGUGGCGGACUCGCCAUUCGCGAAGACAAGACAGUCAAAGUCGUCGGGUUAACAGAACUCAAGCCAACAUCUGCAGACGAGGUUAAGAGUAUCGUCAUACUCGGAAACCAACGACGGACACAAAGUCCAACCCAUGCCAACGCGACCAGUUCACGAUCCCAUGCGGUGCUCCAAGUCCACGUCACGCAGGCCCCUCGAACAGCCAACCUCACCGAACAACGCACCAUGGCGACAUUAUCCAUCAUCGAUCUCGCAGGAAGUGAACGUGCGUCUGCCACGAUGAACAUGGGCCAGCGCAUGGUCGAGGGUGCCAACAUCAACAAAUCCCUCCUCGCUCUAGGCAACUGUAUCAACGCUCUCUGUGAAAGCGGAGGUGCAACCCGCCACGUGCCUUACCGCAACAGCAAGCUCACCCGACUGCUCAAAUUCUCUUUAGGAGGGAAUUGCAAGACGGUGAUGAUCGUCUGCGUCGCUCCUACUUCGAACCACUUUGAUGAUACCCACAACACCCUCGUCUACGCUGAACGAGCGACCAAGAUCAAGACCAAGGUUGUAACACGGAAUGUACUCAAUGUCAACCGACACGUGGGACAAUACGUCGAGGCGAUUCAAAGGCUUAAUCUCGAAAUUGCGGAGUUGAAGCAGAAGUUGGCAGGGAAACGGGCGACGGAGAAGGAGAUUGCAGAUCGGAAGAAGGCAGAGGCGAAAUCAGAGGUUGAUCGAGCGAGGAAGGAUCUUGACAAUCGUUUCGAGCAGACCAAGGUGUCCAUCGUCGAUGGAGGGAACUGUUCGGCCAAGGUCACUGUCGCCAAAACGAAACUCGAUUUUAUCCAGCGGCGGUUGGCUCAACUGGAUGCGGAAGGCUCUUCUGGUCCCGCAGAUGCAGAACGCGCUCUCUUACUAUCGCUCGCCACGCCUGAAGAAGACGUCUUGAAACCCCAUUCAGCAUUGAACACUCGAAUCCAGAGAGCAUCCAACUCGAAUGCGAUGUUCGACGCCACCAUGCGCGCUGUGGCAGAGAGGAAGUCGGACAAACUGGACGAGCCCUCGAUUGAGAUCAUGAAACUCGAGACGAGCUUACGACGCGCAGAGAUGGAAAAGGCCAAAUUGGAGAGCGAGCGCGACGCGUAUCGAGAAGCGGCAUCGGAUAUGGCGGAGGUGAUGGUGAAACUUCUUGGAAUGCUUGGGCGGUGUACGGUCUUGAUUGGGGAUUCUGCGACGCGUCUCCAGUCAUUCGAAGAUCCAGAAGUUAGGCAGGUGGCCACGCUGCUUUCGGGUCUGCGGGAGAAGAACGACGAGACGUUCCAGAGUUUGUUAGGGAGGACGACGGAAUCAUAUUCUUCGAUUGGCCAGCCACAGACAUUGGAUCCUUUCCAAACCUAUGGAGCUUCAUUCAAUCGACGCGUCAGCUCCGGUCCUGCUGUUCUGCAACAUCAGCAACAGCCUGCGAAGCCCACAAGGCGAUUGUCGUAUGGAGGUGCUCUCGCUCCCGCCUCUCCUCCCCGCAGGCUCGCACACCGUUCUCCACGCAAGUCUCUUCGAGGGAAUACUGCUGCGCCUUAUGUGCGCAAAACGUCAGCCGAGAAGGACAAGAAGCCGGCCAAGGUGACAAAGAAUGUCCAAUGGCGGGAUGAAGCCGGCCAAGGAUCCCUAACGGAUACCAAAGACAGGACUGUCAUCCUAUCCACUCCGCCCGUCGUCUCUAUCAUCCCCGCCAGUCCUAGCGUCGACAAGGCCGACUCUGAUCCAUUCAAAUCAGCCAAUUCGUCCUUAAACCUCCAAUCUCCCGUCAUACGACCCGGCUCCGCGAUGGGAUCCGAGAGCGAAUGGGAGGACGAUGAGAAGACGGAUACAAGUGUUGAUCUCAGCAUGUCUAUGUCCCUCUCCGCAUCCACUUCCUCUCGCCUUACAUCCUCCGCACGUGGCAUCCGCCGACCUCGUGCCAGCCGCUUGGACCCCAGCUUCCUCAAAUCCCGAACUAAACCGCCGAGCCUGAGCAGCCUAGCUGAAGGUGACGAAUCCAACCCCAACGCUUCUUCCCCUCUUACCGAUCUCAAUUUCAACCGGAUGGAGGAUUCCUCAGGCAGCGAGGAGUUGCAUAUUCCUAAAGGUCGUGACCGACUUCUGGGGAGCCCAGGAAAGCGUGUUCCUUCGACCCUCAAGGGCGGGAAUAGUCUUUCUGCCUCCACGAGCUCGAAGCCUGGGGCAGGAGCGGGAACGGGCAGUCGCCGACGCUCAAACAUUGGACCUAUGCGCGUUGAGAAGACGCGUCGGAGGUCGAGCUUGCUUGCGCCAUUGCCGCCUCCCUCCGCUUCUGGAGAAGGGGAAUCCAUCUCCGCCAGGACGGGUCCAAGGAGAAUGCUCCUUGCUAGCCCGGCUAAACGCACCAAACGCGCUUCGUUGACGAGACUUACUGCUGCGGGUGCAGGGGGCUCGUUGAGGUUGAAAGCGAUGGGUGCUAGUGGGUCGGGCUUGUCUGUGGCGAAUUUGUCGAUUGUGGACCCGGCCAAUUUGAGUGCGGAUUUGAGUAUGGUGGGCGGGGUUGCAAAGCCCAAGCCUUCCUGGCGUUAA